UCAUCGCUCGCAUCGUCCCUUGUUUGUGCAGUUUCUCCCGCAACGACCGAUAUUAAUACUUGGCAGUACGCAUCUUCAUCAAACAAGCAUCAAUAUUGCCCAAACAACCAUCAUGGCGACGGCAAGCUGCAUAAAUCAUCGUCCUGCAAGUCCUCUUCGUCGGUGGGAUGGAAAUCCUGCUGCCAGCCCGCAUAGUAACCCGCGCAUCUGACAUCUAUCAAAGUAGAUUGCAAUCUUUGUUCGUGAGGGGAAGUGGGGGGGGGGGGGAUGGGGUACCCCGAAAGGGUCCGAUUACAUCGCAGCAAGCGCGCAGUACACAUUCUUCCAUCCAGUGUUCGGUCUCGGUUCUCGGUCGCUCUGUUUGAUUUGAGUAUUAUUAAUUUCCCAUCAUAAUGCCCCGAAGGCGCCCGAAUGCCAGUGUAGAGUUCUCGGCAGUAAUCCCGUACCAGUGAUGGGGAAGACCACGGUGAGUGCUGGGGUGUGUGGUGGAGUGAAGAGAUUACAAUUUGUUUCGUCGGAAUUUUUGCCAAAUUUCCCUGGAGCCAUAUCCGCAUGGUGGUGGUCCGGACGAGCCCAGACGAAUGGCGUAAGCUUUCACCGCGCGUAACCCAUCCAAGUCAUCCCCUUCCAACGUUUCGGGACGCCCGGGCUACUCUGUAUCUGAAGACGUGCUUGUGUGUAUGUGUGGUUGGUUGUGUCGAAAGAACGGUAGCCCAAAUCUUGGACAGCAAUCGUGAAGUGGCAUCGGCAUUUUGGGCGUAGAUGGAGUCGUGGACAGGGGGAACCAUCCUGAAGAACUCCCCGAGGCCCUUACUUUGGCAAGUUAGUGUAUUCCAGAAAUAUUCCACCGACGUGCCUGCAGCAGUUGUGUUGAGUCGCAGCGACAAAACCCGCCACAUCCCGCCGUGCCGGUUUUGGAGAUUUGUUCUUCGAAGUGGAGCUCAAGUUGUCCCGAAACUGUCAGUGCAGACCUGGCAGACUGGUGGGACCAUUGUCUCGGUCCUGCCCGGCUCAAGCGAUUUCGGAUGACAUACUUUCGAGCGUCUCGACCUCACGUUUCGUGCGUUGCUGAGCGUUCAAGUGCUCCGGCGAGAAAACGGUCGGCCCUUGUCGUUUGCCAAGGCGUCAUCAGGAGGUACAGAGUUCGGUUUCGGGAUGUGUACCGAGCGUAACCAAAAAAAAAAUAUUACCACACAAAAAAGAACAGUUCCUAUUGAAAACACACUCCAACAUCCAGCAGCCUGCCAAGUCGUAAGAGUCGCAAGAAAACUAAUCAGCAUAGUUUCCUAGAUGCUCCCCGUUGCUCGCUGCACAAGGGCCAGCGCAUACGGGCAGGAAACACGAUACUUUUCUUGUUUGCCCCGUGGUGCAACUACCACUUCCGCUGUCGCGUCGCAAGUAUGAGCAGGGACGUGAUGGCCCAGAAAUGUCAUUAAAAUCACGUUUCUGGUACAAAUUUGCCCCCGAACCCCCCGAAAAGUGGGACGCACCUUUGCCUCUCGCCCCGACGGCUAACGAGUGGUGAAUAGAUAUUACUUCCCUGUCAAGCGUGCCCACCGAAGACCUGGCGGUGCUAUUUUUGAACGUGAAUCAUCAUCACCCGUUUUGCGAAUGCCUUGUUAUGGAAAAAAUAUGGCGGAAUACCGGGAACAAAGAAAAAGUUUUCCCGCACACCAAUGGAUCCACCGCACAACCCGUUCAACUUUCAUCUUGGCCCGCCGGCAUCCCACACCGGCCACGGACACCAUCCGGAGCCUACGCCGAGCCCACCGCAAAGUGUUCCGGGACGCCGCACUCCGCUCGGUACGGUGGGGCUCGGAGGGUUUUACGCCCAGCCGCACGCCUCCUCGGCCACCCACACCGAUGAGAAUCGUCCCUCGGGCAGUGCGGAAAGCCCACCGCCACAUCACCACGUGCCCGUCCCGCCGGGCGCUGCCGGCAAGCAAAAGAACCGCCAGGGCAAAUCGGUUCGGCUGAACAUUAACGCACGGGAGCGCCGCCGGAUGCACGAUCUGAACGACGCACUGGACGAGCUGCGCAGCGUCAUCCCGUACGCCCAUUCGCCCUCGGUGCGGAAGCUGUCCAAGAUUGCGACGCUGCUGCUCGCGAAGAACUACAUCCUCAUGCAGGCAAACGCACUGGAUGAGCUUAGAAGACUGCUAGCCUACAUACAGAGUGCUGCCGGUGCCAGUAUUCCAACGGUGGACUUACGCACGAUGCCUUCGGCCCUGAAGCUGCAGCAGCUGCUGCAGGCUCCCCAUCAGGAUCUCGCCCUCCAGCAGCCCUCCGGCAGCUCCUCCACCACGACCAGCACCCAGGCCGGUCAGGCCGGGGCGCUGCCACCGCCGCCACCACCUGCCCCUAGUCAGAACCCUUAAGAGGGCAGUACGGCAGCCACUCCCAUCCCAUCUAGUCCAUGUGAAAAUGCACCAACAAAAUGUAACCAUUUUUGCACAACUGUGCUAGUGUUAAGGUUUUUGCAAUGCCCUGUAGUGUGAUUGUACGACUUUUCAACUACUUAUUUUUCUAGUCGCUCCCUACAUUAUAAUUUUCCCUAACCUGAGUGAUAGUGUUCAUUUUAAAACCACCACAUCUGUGUAUUGUGUGUAGAGCUGCGUACCUUGUAGUGGUUAAGGGAAGCAAGUAGCGUGAUUGCAAACAUUAUGUUUAAGAAUUUGUGAAAUAAACAAUGAAACGAAUUGAAUUAUG